GGUACCGUACAUACAAGUCGUUCUUCUCUGAUGGUCAAGCUGUUGAGAAACUGCUUCUUUUGUAUCUCUUCUUCCUCGCGGAACUCAGACGCCAUGGCUCGACGACCCUUCAUCUUGUGGCUUCACGGGUUAGGAGACUCUGGACCCGCCAACGAAAACAUCAAGACAGUUUUCAAGUCCCCGGAGCUGAGUGACGCUAAGUGGCUCUUCCCUUCUGCUCCAUACAAUCCCGUUACCUGCAACCAGGGUCGGGUGAUGCCUUCUUGGUUUGAUGUCCCUGAGCUUCCUUUUAGAGCGGGAUCUCGAAUUGAUGAAACCAGCAUUCUUGAAGCUGUUAAGAAGGUCCAUGCGAUUAUAGACCAGGAGAUUGCUAGAGGAACGAGACCAGAAAAUGUGUUUAUCUGUGGAAUAAGCCAAGGAGGUGCUUUAACAUUGGCUAGUGUUCUUCUUUAUCCAAAAACACUUGGAGGAGGAGCUGUCCUUAGCGGUUGGGUUCCAUUAACUUCUUCAAUGAUCAAUCAGUUUCCAGAAGAAGCUAAAAAGACACCGAUCUUGUGGUCUCAUGGGACUGAUGACGAGCUUGUGCUCUUUGAAGCUGGUCAAGCUGCUCUUCCUUUUCUUGAAAAAGCCGGUGUCACCUGUGAAUUCAAGGCGUAUCCAGGUCUUGCGCACUGGAUGAACGACGAGGAGCUACAGUAUAUAGAGUCAUGGAUCAAGUCACGGAUGCAAAGUUCCUCGUCGUCUUCGUCCUGAAUGUCUUAAAGCAAUGUUUUUCAUUCAAUACGAAUAUCAUGUUAUCUGUGAAGACAAAAGAAGAAGGGACAUUGAUUACUACUUAAAAAGCUCUCUUUCUCUUGUUCUGGUCAUGUAAGCAAAUGAUAAAAACAUUGUUCAUCAAGUAUCUGUUUGGUAAUUAAUAUGAGAACUAUAAUGUUUGUAUA